GCAACAUGGAACAGCUCCACCUUUAAAGGGUCACAUGAUAGGUUACAUCAUUGUGACUGCCUCCUGCUUGCACAAAGGGAAAACUGAGAAUCUAGCCGGGGACCAAAAUUUUGCCGGUGACCGCUGCAGAACCACGGACUGCCUUCUCCUUAUAAUGCUCCUGUUUUGAUGCCUCCAGGUCUAAAAGAGGAUUCCAAUUUCUUGCAGGCUUAAGAAGAGGGUCUAAAGGGGUUUUUCGGAGGGUGUUAAAAGAUGACGACGACAGUGACAGUACAGGUACCUCUGGAUGAGAUUGUAGUGCCCAGUAGCACACCAGCUAGCCCCGGAGGUAUUUCCAACCAAUCUAAUGGACAUGUGCCCAAUGGUACCAUAUCCAAGGCUCUACCGGACAACGUAGCCGGCGCGGUGGCGGAAAACGGCCACAUCCCUCGCAGCAAAUCGGACCACGGGCCCUCCCUCUCGCAUCUCCCAAAACGUCAGCCUGUCGACAUCGAAUUCUCCGACCUCUGCUACAACAUACGCCAGGGGUUCUUCAAAAAGAAAGGUUAUAAGACCAUACUGAAUGGCCUGUCUGGAAAGUUCUUCAGUGGAGAGCUGGCUGCCAUCAUGGGGCCGUCUGGAGCCGGGAAGUCUUCACUCAUGAGUAUACUCGCAGGAUAUCGGUCUGGCUCCAGCACGUCUUGCUCCUGUUUUGACAGUACCGGUGGCAUCAGCGGAUCUCUUCUCGUCAACGGGACUCCCAGGAACGAGCGCGACUUCCGCAAGAUGUCGUGUUACAUCAUGCAAGAGAACCACCUCCUCCCACAUCUUACAGUUAUGGAGGCCAUGAUGGUUUCAGCAAACCUGAAGCUGACAGAAAAGACACCAAGACGAGAGAAAAAGCUCUUGGUGGAAGAGAUCCUGGGAACUCUGGGUCUGACCGACUGCGCGAACACCCGCACCAUCAACCUGUCAGGUGGGCAGGCCAAACGUCUGUCCAUCGCCCUGGAACUGGUCAACAACCCUCCGGUUAUGUUCUUUGACGAGCCAACCAGUGGCCUGGACAGUGCCUCCAGUUUCCAGUGUGUGUCCCUGAUGAAGUCUCUUGCCCAGGGCGGUCGCACCAUCAUCUGUACCAUCCACCAGCCCAGCGCUAAACUCUUCGAAAUGUUUGACAAGCUGUAUGUUCUGGGGGAGGGUCAGUGUAUAUACCAGGGGAAGGUGGAUGGACUCAUCCCCUACCUGAAGGGACUCAACCUGAUCUGUCCCACCUUCCACAACCCUGCUGACUACAUUAUGGAGGUGGCCAGUGGUGAGUAUGGGAACGUCCUACCCCAGCUAGUGAAGGCUGUACAGAACGGGGAGUGUACCUCCUACCACUGUAACUCCCCCAUCCGCCAGGAACACAGCCCAACCAAGCUCAGACAGCUCAUCAAGAGCGGAACCAUGACCGUUAACGAGGCCAGGAAGCUGAGGGAGGCACUGGAACAGUCUGGGCAACUCACGCCACUCACUGAGGGGGAGGAGGGCAGGGACGAGUUUUUUGGUGAAGUUGAGCAUCACAAGAACACCUUCUCCACCUCCUGUCUGACUCAGUUCUGGGUUCUCUUCAAGAGGACUUUCCUCACAAUAGUCAGGGACACAGUUCUGACGAGACUGAGGCUGUGUUCCCACCUCCUGGUUGGCCUGCUGAUCGGGAUGCUCUACUGGAAGAUUGGCAACGAGGGCAGCAAGGUGUUCAACAACACAGGCUUCCUCUUCUUCUCCAUGCUGUUCCUCAUGUUCACUGCCCUCAUGCCAACUGUGCUCACAUUUCCUAUGGAGAUGUCAGUGUUCAUCAGGGAACACCUGAACUACUGGUACUCACUCAAGGCCUACUACCUGGCUAAAACACUGGCCGACGUGCCCUUCCAGGUUGUCCUGCCGGUGCUGUACUGUACCAUAGUGUACUGGAUGACGGAGCAGCCCUUCGAGGCCCUGCGGUUCACCCUCUUUGUGGCUCUCUCGACUCUAACCUCUCUGGUGGCUCAGUCUCUGGGGCUGCUGAUUGGAGCGGCUUCCACAUCGCUUCAGGCUGCGACGUUCCUGGGUCCCGUGACGGCCAUCCCCAUCCUGCUGUUCUCUGGGUUCUUUGUGAACUUUGACACCAUCCCAGACUACCUGCAGUGGAUGUCCUACAUCUCCUAUGUCAGGUACAGCUUCGAAGGGAUCCUCCUUUCGAUCUACGGGUUUGACCGCGGCCCGCUGGACUGCGAGGAAGGGAAGUUCUGCAUCUUUCACGAGAGCGAAGACGUUCUGAAGGAGAUGGACGUCCAAGACGCCAAGCUGUACGUGGACUUCAUCGUGCUGGCAGUGUUCUUCAUCCUGCUGCGCCUGGGGGCAUACCUGGUUCUCCGCUGGAAAGUCAAGUUGCAACGUUAAAAAUCCUCCAAAUUAAGGCAUUUUUACUUCAUGUUUAACAGGGUUUUUCCAGAAGAAAAGGAAGAUAUGUCAAAGAAAUCGGGCUGAAGUUUAGGCAAAUUCAGCAUUUUCCUUUUUUUUUUCAAAAUAUAUGAAAGAAAUCGGCCAGAAAUUUAGGCAAAUUUGGAAAUUUUAUCUAAAGUCAAGGCAUUUUUCUUUCAUGUUAUCCUUGGUACAAGGUUCGAGAAGAAAAGGAAAAUAUAUCAAUGGUUUAAUAGUUUUUUUCUUGAAGAAAAGAAAAUAUAUCUAAGAAAUUGGGCAAAAGAUAAGUCAAAUUCGGAAAGUCAAGGUAUUUUUCCUUUGUGUUAUUCUUGGUAAAAGGUUUGACAGGGUUUUUCUAGAAGAAAAGAAAAUUUAUCAAAGAAAUUGAACAAAAGUUUAGGCGGUGAAUUUAAUUUGAAAAUUUAAUUUAAAGUCAAGGCAUUUUCCCCUUUAGUUUGUGUUAUUCUUGGUAAAAUUAAAGGUCUAACAGUAUUUUUUCUGAAGAAAGGAAAAUAUAUCAAAGAAAUCAGGCAGAAGUUUAGGAAAAUUCAGCAUUUUUUUCUUUUAAGUCAUUCUUGGUUAAAGGUUUAAUAGUUUUUUCUAGAAGAAAAGAAAAUAUGUGAAAGAAAUCGGGCAGAAGUUUAAGUGAAUUUGGAAAUUUAAAGGCGUUCUGAUAAUAGGAGUUUAUUAUUCCCACAUGCCGGAAGAUUCUGAUAUAUUCUGAACGGACUUUGGCCUAGCAAGGCAGUGAGGUCAAUAAUAAUUUUUCAGUUUAGGUAUGAUUUUUUCCAAGAAUAAAAUGGCACAGCCACCCAUGUUGCCCGUUUAGAAAAAACCACUUGAUGACUAUACAUUGUCAAAAGAUAUUAUUUUGAAGAAAAACAAAUGGCUAUCUUUUGAGUUGAUUGGUGGCAAAAAUGUCCUUAUCUUCAGUUAACACUUUUUUUUUUCAAGGAAAGCAACAAUUUUACCCAGUAUACCCUUUUUGGAGGUAUGUUAAACUGUUGGGAUUGAUCUCUGGUGGACAAGCAGUAAAAAUGACACCCAAAAGGCUCCUCCCCUGAGGCAACGCCAAAAAAAAAGUCAAAACUUCAGCAAGUGAAGCCUUGUAUUGGAGAAAACAGCAACUAAAUGUACAGAGAGUGCAGAGCAUGAGCAAGAAACAAUUGAAGUGGUCUGCAUUAAAUCUUUAACACAUUGUUGUACAGGCAUAGGGAACAGGGUGGAAAUGAUUCACUUUCAUAAAAAAAACAAGCCUUGAAUCUUUACAAAAAGACCAUGUAAAUCAGAAAACUUGGUUCACAUAAUUUUGUAUAUAACCAGCACCUGAGCUUUAAAGAUAGGGAAAGCUUUUGGAGCUGUCACUGUAUACUAGUAUAUGAGGGAAGGAAAAGAAAAUAUUAUACGGAAAGGAAGCGGAGAAGUCAUAUUUGUUAAAAAGAUAUUAAGAAUUAUCUAACAUGUUAAGGUUUAUGAUAGAGUGGUAAGAUUUGACCAAUGCAACUGCAAAGCAAUGCAACUUUUAUUUUAAUGCACAUCAGGGGAAAGUUGAUAUUAUAUACUUAGAUACUAGUAUAUAAUAUUAUGUUGACCUGUCAAAAAGUGUCAACUGAAGAAAAAAAUAACUUUCUCAUUUUGCUGAUUUACUUAAACUGAAGAUAAAGCUAUAAAAAGUAAUUCUUCACCUCUAUAAUACAUCCUUUUUAGGUGGAGUUUCUACUUAAUUCUACCAAUUUUCUGACAUUUUUGUUCUCGCAUACAUUCUAGCCAGGACAUCAAUUUUUUUUCUUCAAUAUUCUGAAAUAAGAAUAAAAGAAAUCACCAGUAGAUCUGGUGCAUAUUAUCAAAUUUAAUAUGAUAUCUUUGGGGAUCUUUUAAUUCACAAAAAAAACGAAUGCAAGAAAAUUACAUAAUAAACUGCUAUCAAACUCAUGAUAACUAUUUCAAGAGA